GACAAUAUUCGACGAUUUGAUGUCCCGGUGGAUGAUCGGAGGCACCGCGUAAUUGUGGAGGUAUUCAAUCCUCUGCCGUUGUCAUUGUCCAAUCUCCACAAAUCCGACGAUGACGACCAAACCUCCAUUUCCUCUUCAUCUCCUCUCGACGAACUUUACUGCGAGGAAGAGAGGUGGGAUUGCGAAGGCGACGAUGGGGAGGUUUUGGAUUGCAUCGACGUCGCCGGCGGUGUGCCCAUUGGCUUUCUUCGAUUCUGUUGCUAGAGCACGACUUGUUCUGGGAAGAAGAAAAGAUAGUUUCCCUCUUCGCCAGAGAACAGAGCGAGGAGAAGCGAUGGAAGGCAACAAUGGGGGUAAAGCAAACUUGUCCUGCUCGUCGGCGAGCUGUGGACUGGAUGGUCAAUGUCAGUAGCCACUAGGGGUUUUCCACUCUCACUUCCGUGUUAGCCAUCGUCUACCUCGAUCGGUUCCUUUCAACACCACGUUACCAGAAAGAUAAGCCCUAGAUGAUCCAGCUCGUCACCGUGACUUGCCUUUCUCUGGCUGCUAAAGACGAGGAAACCGACAUCCCGCUCUUGCUUGACCUCCAGGUGCUCGAUCAAAUGCCGCACAGAACAUAUAACUCUUAAUUUUUCCAACAAAAUCGUCGGGAUUUA